UUACGUCAUCGCGGGCGCGACGCCCCGAGGGCCAACUUGGGCUUUGGUCUGGCGGGGUGGUGGCGGCGAGAGCGGCCGGGAAGAUGCCAGUGGCGGUGAUGGCGGACAGCGCCUUCAGUUUCAGAAAGCUGCUGGAUCAGUGCGAGAACCAGGAGCUUGAGGCUCCUGGAGGAAUUGCCACACCACCAGUGUACGGCCAGCUGCUGGCUUUGUAUUUGCUUCAGAAUGACAUGAAUAAUGCAAGAUAUCUUUGGAAGAGGAUUCCACCCGCUAUAAAGUCUGCAAAUUCUGAACUUGGGGGAAUUUGGUCAGUAGGACAGCGAAUCUGGCAGAGAGAUUUCCCCGGGAUCUAUACCACCAUCAACGCCCACCAGUGGUCGGAGACUGUGCAACCAAUCAUGGAAGCCCUUAGAGAUGCAACGAGGAGACGUGCUUUCGCCCUGGUCUCUCAGGCGUACACCUCCAUAAUCGCAGAUGACUUCGCUGCCUUUGUCGGCCUCCCUGUGGAGGAAGCUGUGAAAGGUGUAUUGGAACAAGGAUGGCAAGCCGACUCUGCCACAAGAAUGGUUCUUCCCAGGAAGCCAGCUUCAGGAGCCCUGGAUGUUUCCUUUAACAGGUUUAUUCCCUUAUCAGAGCCUGCUCCAGUCCCACCAAUCCCCAACGAGCAGCAGCUCGCCAGGCUGACCGACUACGUGGCUUUUCUGGAAAACUGAUAGAUCUGAGUUCAAGAUUCACCUUCAGCCCCUGUCACUGGCAAACAGACGUGGAGUUUUAUUCCAAGUUUACUGAACAGGGCGAGCACCUCGGUGUCCUUUGGGUGUGAUAAAAUGCACAUAGAAGAUGAAGCGGAUUGAACAGUUUCCUCCUCAGACACUGCUGAAUGUCCUUGGAACAGUUCUCAUCUGUCUGGAUCACUUAGGUUGGAGCAUCAGUAUUAUGCAGCCGGUUCUGUCAGCGACUGGACUCGAAACACAAGCUGUCCUGCUGCAGGGAGCAGAGAGGGUGCUGUGGCACACACCACACUCUUGCGUACCAUUGGCCUCCAGCUGGAGUGAUGUGCUUGGGGUUUGCAGAGGACUGUCCCCAGGCAGUGACCAACCCUCAUUGUCUCUCACACUCUGGAGAAUGUGCUUUCUUCCCACCCCAGAACAAGGAAUCACUGCUGUGGGAUCAGAAAUCGCCGAGGAGUGCAGAGACCGUCUCCUGGUGAGGGGCUUGUGCUACAGUUUUUCCCAGUAUGUGCAAGCUUCCAUUGCAUGAGAUGUAUGGUGCACAGUGAGAAUGCAGCUGACGUGUUCGCGUGAACUCUUAAGUUCUGAUGUCUCCUUUCAGAAGAAGGGAAAGGCAUGGAGUGCGCUGUGUGCUGAAGGAAGCUCCUGAGCGGGGAAUGGCCCAUGCAGCCUUCCUGCCUCUCCCCAUCCUGUGUAGAAAUGCUGAAUGCAUCUAUUUUUGUUCAUGUGUGACAGCCCUUAAAGAUUUGAGGUGGUUAAUGUAUCUUCAGAUUAAAACAGCCCUGGUUCAUUUAUUCUGCAUUUGUUCAAUAAAUAUUUAAUUGAAUUCUUAAA